AUGUGGUGGAACAAGGGCCAACAGACGAGGUGGUACGAAACGAGCGUCGAUGAACUAGCCAAGUUGGCGAACACAUGUCAUCGUGUGGCCUUGACUGACUUUGGAUGUGCAAUCAAAACUGAUACUGCUCUUGAAGACGAAAAAAACCGCUCACAUAGCGGCAACUCUGCUCUCUGGGCUCCUGAAGUGGCAGAGUACUUUGCGAAGGAAAACCAUUUCAAGGAAAAUGGUGUUCCCGCCGCUUUGUACAAACGUUCGGAUCUGUGGGCCACUGCCACAAUUGUCUACCAACUGUUUGGUGAAAGCAAUCCUUUCUUCUCAGAGAGCGCCAGAAACGUUACAUUGCUGAAUUCCAAAGACUACGAAGAAUCUCAGCUGCCAGCGACUCCUAAAGAGGCACCCAUUGUGAUGGACUGGCUUUUAACAGCAUGUCUACGCCGUGAUCCCUCUUUUCGACCUCCUGCUAUUCUAGUUGCUGAUAUACUCCACACUUGGUGUCUUCUCAAGCUUCUCAAACGCAUUCUGCCCGGUGAUCGGUACAGGGAAGUCGUUCCUCUUAUUCCUCUGCCUGCAGAAUUGUUGGCAAAUAUUUGCAUCAAAUCAGAUGAAUCUACUACGAGUAUUCGGGAGGUUUGGUCUGAAAUAGAGUUGCAUGCAAUGAAAUUCUACCGUCGUUUACGUCAACAACGACGGUGGUUUCAAAGUGAUGAUAAUUCCUUGCGGCAAUCGCUGCGCAGGUUACUAGAACUCCUCUGGACCGCUGACCUGUUAUUGGGUCCAGCCAAAGCUACUCUGGGAAUCCGCUAUCUUUUCUAUCAACGUGUCAAGUUGGAACGAUUUGCUUAUUGUCUAGCUUUUGUUCAACUCGCCGAAAUCGUCAGCUGA